ACAGACAUGCUGGAGUAGUAUAUUAGCACCAGCACAAUUUUGGUGCCACCUGGGCACACCACAAAUUUGUUUGUAGAGCAUUCUUGUUCCUUCCCUCACUGCUCCACAUCCCUUGUCCCCGUCUCCCUCCACGCAUAUCACCAAGCCGCUACCCAAAGGCAGCACCACCGUCUCCCACCCACAUCCGUCCAUAUCACACUGAUGCCGCCGCUGCAGAGAAUUGCGAUCCGUUGACAUCCCAGCGGCACCUUUUCUGCGCCGGCCUUGGUUGUUUUGUUUGGAGCCGCGGUUUCUUGGCAGGAUUCGGCGGGGGAUCGGGCGGAUUUGGCCGCCGGGGGGCGGGCGGAGAAGGCGAUGCCUUUCAGGAGCAUGGUCCGGGAGAUGAGGGGCGAGGUGGACGCCAUCGCCCGGCGCCGCCCGCUGCCGUCGUCGGCGCGCGGCGUCCGGCGGGUGGCGGCGGUGGCGCCGCCGGGGGAGGAGGCCGCGCGGCAGGGCUGCUGCUGGGCGGAGCUGCCGCCGGAGCUCCUGCGGGAGGUGCUGGCGCGGGUCGAGGCGUCGGAGCCGCGCUGGCCGCGCCGCCGCGACGUGGUGGCGUGCGCCGGCGUCUGCCGGACCUGGCGGGGCGUCGUCCGGGAGAUCGUCCGCGUCCCCGAGGUGUCCGGCAGGCUCACCUUCCCCAUCUCUCUCAAGCAGCCUGGACCAAGAGAUGCUCCCAUCAAAUGUUUCAUUCGGAGGCACCGAGCUACUCAGACAUAUUUCCUCUACAUUGAACUGACCGAUGCACUAGCUGAUGCUGGGAAGUUCCUACUUGCUGCACGCAAAUACCAUAGGCCAACAUGCACCGAAUAUCUAAUUUCACUUGACAAGACUGAUAUGUCAAAGGGGAGUCAAACCUGCGUUGGCAAGUUAAGAUCGAAUUUCUUGAGAACGAAGUUUACUGUCUAUGAUGCGCAUCCACCUCAUGCUGGACCUGUGGUUCCAAAGAGAUGGCCUGCUGGCGACUAUCCAGUUAUACAAAUUAAUUAUGAAGUGAAUGUUUUGGGAUCUAGGGGCCCAAGAAGGAUGAACUGUAUCAUGGAUUCUAUCCCUGUAUCAGCAAUUGAACAUGGAGGCACAGCUCCAACGCAGACUGCGUUUCCUUUCUUCAAUCCCAAAUCAUCUCGAAUGGAUAGCUCAAUUACCCCAUUAUCCAGUCAAGUGGAAAGUAAGCUGGUGCUUAAGAACAAGUCCCCCAGGUGGCACGAACAUCUGCGGUGCUGGUGCCUCAACUUCCACGGACGGGUGACGGUUGCAUCAGUGAAGAACUUUCAGCUGGUGGCUUCAGAUGAGAGUGCUCCAGCUAACGAGGAGAAUGACGACACCACCCUCCAGUUUGGUAAGAUUGGGAAGGACUUGUUCACACUCGACUACCGUUACCCGGUAUCGGCGUUUCAGGCAUUUGCGAUCUGCCUCAGCAGCUUCGACACCAAAUUAGCGCGCGAAUGAAGAGGUGUCGAACAACCAAUAGAAUGUAGAAGGGAGUUGCUGGCAUAAUCCAGAAUUUGAUGCUCGAUAUGAGAAGCCGGAGGAGGAGAGGUUGUUGUAGAGCUUGAUAUCCUGUCAAAUGAUAUCAUAAUGUAAAUAUCAGUCUAGCUGGGUGUGGUUAAAUUUGUUCCUGAUAAAGUCAAUUUUCUUUGCUCCAGUUGUAUGUGUAUUGGAAAUACCCUGGUAGAAGCAUGAUUUUCUACCUGGUUCGUCGCAGAUGACAAAACAAGUUAUUUUUGUGUUUCGUGUUUGCGGUUACCCAGCAACCUCAUUGAGUUGUCGAUUAUAGAAAUAUUUGUAAUGUUUUAUGGCUAUCUGGAAACAGUUUUUUAACAGCAAGGUUAGAGAAUUUUGUCAAA